AUGACGGCUGUCCAACUCAUCUUGUUCCACAAAAUCCCAAAGUGUGCAGAUGUCAAAGUUCUGAUUGCAGUGCCCAACCACGCUCUGCGUGAAGAACCUAUUUCUUUUAUACAUCCUAAACCUGCCCUGACACAACUUCAGGCCGUUCCGUCGGUCCUCCCGGUCUCGCCACGCCCGGCCCCGGGACGGGAGCAGAAGCCCCGGGGGCAGCCCCUGCCUCUGCCCGCCCCGCACGGUGCGGGUAUCCCGCGGGCCGGCUGGGGAUGCUCCGCCGGGGUUAGGAGGGCCCCGCUGAGCUCGGGGCCGCCGGCCGUGUGUGUAUCUGUGUGUUUGUGUGCCUGUGUGAGUGUGAGCGGGCGGGCGCGGGGUCUGCGCUGCCCGCUGGGGGCGGCGCUCGCUGCAGCGCCGGCCCCGCUGCCGGGCGGUCACGGCGGGGGCGGGGAGCGCGGCCCCAGCGCCCGGCAUGAACCCACGGCCGGGGCACGGAGGCGGCGGUGCUGCCGAGGUACGAACCGCCGCCCCCGGCAGGUGCAGGGUCCAUUUUCCCCUCCGCCGCCGCCCGCGGCACCGCCUGUCCUUGCGGGGCCGGGUCUCGGCGCGGUCCCGCCCGCGGAGCGCCGAGCGGAUCCCAGCCGAGCCGGCGGGGCGGGGAAGGGUGAGGGAAGGGAGGGGAAGGGAAAGGAGAGCCAAGCAAAGCGUGCCAGGCCCGGCCGCGGGCGCGGGAGAACCGAGGUGAACCCGCGGUCUGCGCCUGCCCGCCCGGCCCGGCGCUCCCGCCUCCCCCGCGCUCACGCCGCCCGCCCCCCUCUCUCCCUCCGCAGGGAGCCGCAGGGCGAGCGGCGCUGCCGCGGCCGGGCCAGCCACCCCCGGGUCCAUGAGCCGCCGCCAGCCGCCGCCGCCAGCCGGGACCGCCGCCGCCGGGCCCAGCUCCCCCAGCCCCGCCGCUUCCGCCGCCGCUCCGCCGCCCCGCCGGAGGUGAGUCCCGCGGCCGGGCCGCCGCCGCCCCGCGGGCCCCGGCCCCUGUCAGCCGCGCCGGGGCGGGGGGAGGCCGCCGGCAGCCGCGGGAGCGCCCGCCGACCUUCUGGGGAGGGGGAGAUGGGGGGCGGCUGGGACCCCCUCCCCGGGGGUGUGCGCCCCGCCGGGCAGCGUGGGCUGGGGUCCCCCGGAGCCCGCGGAGGGCAGGCGGCGCUGCCGGAGGGUCGCGCCUCGUCCUUCGCGCCCCCCACCCCGAGCGAGGGUCGCUGCCUCCCCGGUGACUCACGGCGGAGGCGGGAGCGGGCUGGGACGGUCCCGCGCCCUCCGCUGUGA